AUGUCCAUCGACCACCCGUCCGAUUCGGUGUUGCGACCGUUCCUCGGCGUCAAGGAGCGCAGACGCUCGUCCUUCGCCAAGCGCGCGCUCGGGGAUGAUUUGGGCGUGGCGAAGGAUGCGCACUUUGCAAAGGCUUUGAGUAAACACGGCGUCACCGAGGUCGUCUUCAGCGCGCGCGCGCUGAAGCUCAACCAUCGAGACGAGCUAAAACAUCGCAUAUUAGUCGUCUCCGACGUCGGUGUCGUGCUCUUGGACGAGAUAUCGAAGCGGGUGCGGAGAAAGUUUGCUUGGAAGGAUGUGAGCGAGGUGCGCCUGAGCGUGCACGCGGACGACUUCUUCGCGUUGAUCGCCCCGGACGAGUACGACGUGUUGUUGGCGUGUAAUCGGAAGACGGAAGCGAUCGUGGCGAUGCGGAAGAUGUGGAAGCGAGACGUGACGCGUAGGGGGGGAAUGGACGCGCGCGGCGGCGGCGGCGAGACAGAGUUGAGAGUGACGGCGAGCGAGCGGUUCACGUACAUGGCGAGCGCUCUGCGCGAGCGCAGGGUGGAGUUCACCCGGGUGGACGGAGGUGAUGUGGACAUCGACGUCGUCGACGUCGACGAUGCGCGCGACGAGGAUGAACGAGGCGACGACGGCCGAGCGCGUCUACGUCCGAGCGACGACAUCGUGUAA